GGUGACGUAACACCUGCCGACCUGUAGAAUUUAUCGUUUGAACUUGACGCGAGUUGACACCUGGCGAGAAAUCUUUCUGUUGGCAAGUUGACAUCUUGGCUACUUGAUCAUCCGGAAAACUACACACGACAACCUACAGCAACAACAAUACACUGAUCCUGACCCCCAGCGGAAUGAAAGGCACUCAGAGAGAGCUACAGCAACAUCCACCUGCUGAAAUGGCUUUUCGUUACCUGAUGGACAGAUUCGCUGACUCUGAAAUGAAUCCCUCACGUCCAGUGCAGCAGGUCAUCCCAAUGCCUCACGUGGUGCCUGCUGCUGACAGAGAAGCCGAGAGGCCCAGGCCCCCCACUCUUCCUGUCGGGCAGGUCCCACCACGGCGCAAUGGGAUACCACAGCAACAGCAAGAUCCUGCUUUCUCUUUGGGAGCUCUUUUCCCUGCUCCCAAUGCUGCUUUCUAUCCUCUUCCCUUCCUUGCCCCCUUCCCUGCUCCCUUCCUUGCUCCCUACCCUGCUCCCUUCCUUGCUCCCUACCCUGCUCCAUACCUUUCUCCUUACCCUUCUCCCUACCCUGCUCCAUACCCUGCUCCUUAUACUUAUCCUUUUGCCAACCGUUAUGCAUUUCCUCAUGCUGCUCCUGCAUUUCCUCAUGCUCAUGCUGCUCCUGCUUUUCCUCCUGCUCCCACUCCUGCUCCUGCUCCUGCAUUGCCUCUUGCUCCUGCUUCUGCUCCCGCUCCUGCUCCUGCUCUUGCUCCUGCUUCUGCUCCCGCUCCUGCUCCUGCUCCUGCUUCUGCUUCUGCUUCUGCUUCUGCUCCCGCUCCCGCUCCUGCUCCUGCUCCUACAUUUCCUCCUGCUCCCGCCCUUGCCCCUGUUCCUGCUCCUACUCCUGCUCCUGCUUCUGCUCCUACAUUUCCUCCUGCUCCCGCCCUUGCCCCUGUUCCUGCUCCUACUCCUGCUCCUGCUUUUCCGCAGGCGGAGGAGAGCAGCAGACCACCCUCUCCUGUGUUUCCCUCAACCAGGGGGAGAAGCCGUCUCCUAAGAGGCGACGGUGCCGCUGGAUGA